UAUUGAAUGGGAUAGAGCUUGUUAUUCACCAUUAUGAAAUGCUCAUAUUCUUAAAUUUUUGUGUAUGCCUUUCUUUUUUGCAGACUAAAACUGGUAUUGCAUUGUUGUAUGAUGAAGUAUCUGAAAAUGCUUAUGACAUCCGACUGAAGCUUACAAAAGAGGUAUUAACAAUUCAAAAACAAGAUGUCGUCUGUGUUAGUGGAAGUGAUCACAGUGCAAAUCACAGAACUGUUACUCUUCGUAGACAACCAGUUGGUGGCUUGGGCUUAAGCAUAAAGGGGGGUGCUGAGCACAAAGUGCCUGUCGUCAUAUCAAAAAUAUUUAAAAACCAAGCAGCUGAACAGACAGGAAUGUUAUUUAUAGGAGAUGCAAUUAUACAGGUUAAUGGUAUAAAUGUAGAAAGUGCUACCCAUGAAGAAGUGGUACACCUACUGCGAAAUGCUGGCGAUGAAGUUACCAUCACAGUUCAAUACCUCAGGGAAGCUCCAUCAUUUUUAAAGCUCCCAUUAGGUUCCCCUGGACCAUCAAGUGAUCACAGCAGUGGAACUUCAUCACCUCUCUUUGACAGUGGCUUACAUUUAAAUGGAAACUCAACUAACACGGCUCCAUCAUCACCUUCUUCACCCAUAGCUAAUGAACCAAAAUACGAGAAGCGCUGGCUAGACACCUUAUCAGUUCCUCUGUCGAUGGCUCGAAUCUCGAGGUACAAAACCGGAACAGAUAAAUUAAGAUCUAAUGCAUUUGAAGUGCUGGCACUCGAUGGAGUUAGUACUGGGAUACUUCAGUUUUAUACAGCCCAGGAGAGUGCUGACUGGCUGAGAGCAAUGUCUACUAACAUCAGUGAUUUGACACUUCAAAAUAUGAAAAUGGCAAAUAAAUGCUGUUCUCCCUCUGACCAGGUCAUACAUAUGGGAUGGGUAAAUGAGAGGCUUGAAGGAACUGAUUCAUCUCAGCUCUACAAAUUCAAGUUUCUGGCCCUGAAGGGUUCAUCCUUCUACAUUUUCAGCACUCCACCGGUGAGCACACUAGACUGGGUACGAGCUGAAAAAAUCUAUAACCUCUGUGAGGUUCUAUUUAAAAUUCACAAGCUCUGGCUUGCUGAUGAUUGCUGGCUACAAGCAAACUUGUAUUUAGGUAUUCACCAGGACUUUGAUCUUGAAGACCAGAGGCCGUAUUGUUUCAGUGUCAUGGUUGGGCAUGGCAAGAGCCACUAUUUCAACGUAGAGCUGGGCAGUGAAUUGGCAGUGUGGGAGAAAUCAUUCCAAAGAGCAAUUUUCUUGGAAGUUCAAAGAACAGGGUCUAAAACAUAUAUGUGCAGUUGGCAAGGGGAUACCCUGUGUUUCACCGUCGACUUUGCUCUAGGAUUUACCUGUUUUGACAGUAAAACAAAGAAUGUGCUGUGGAGGUUUAAAUUCUCUCAGCUUAAAGGCUCAUCAGAUGAUGGGAAAACAAGAGUAAAGCUGCUUUUUCAAAAUACAGACACCAAACAAAUUGAGACAAAGGAACUUGAAUUUCAGGAUCUGACGGCAGUUUUACACUGUAUUCACUCCUUUAUAGCAGCAAAAGUGGCAUCUGUGGAUCCUGUAUUCAUAGACAGUCAGAGCAUUGCAAGAAAAUAUAUGUACAGUAACUGAUACUAGAUUAUAUGUUGUGACUAUGGAAAAUAAAUUAUUUUCUUAACAAAAGUAGUUAUUUCAUUCACGAUAUUGCAACUUGGUGAUUUUAUAAAAAGGCUCUAGUUGUGUUAUCUGUAAUGUUAAGAGUUCUCACAAUCUGAUAAAUAUUUUGAAUCUAUGAGUUAAAAAUAUGAGUUGAAUCUAUGAGUUAAAAAUACUAAGUCAAAGCUUGUUAUCUUCACCAUUGAUCUAAAAUUCCAAGUGAAUAUUUGUAGAGUCAUUUUGAUUUCUGCUCUUAUGAUGAUACAUUCUACCCCAUAUUACAUAGUAAUUUGGAGUAACAUUUGAAAAGUGUACGUCCAAAAUUUGGCCUCUAAGUCUGUUUUGAAAAGUGUUGGGCAUACAGACAAUUACUACAGCCUUCACUUUAGAAAAGAGGUAAUUAUUGAAGACAACUGCUGUAGGAAUCGAACUUUCAUCUUCCUUCUAUAUCCUUGAAAAAUUGCAGUUCUGUGACUGGGCUCUUUCAAGGUCUGAGAGUUUAACUCUUGCAAAACACUGAAUACUCUAUUUCAGAUCUAGGAACAUAGCUAAGCACACACUUGGCUCUAAGAAUACUCAGUAGCCCCAGUAUUUGCAAGGUAAUGUUAAGAGUGUAUUUGUGUAUCAGCUGUGAAGAGCUUUAGACUCAGCUAAGCAGCCUGACUAUAGACGCUUAGUUUUAAGAAACUUGCCAUAGGGUUUUCUUAUCUUUUAAUAAAGCUUCCAUUCAUUUAUUCAUUAAUAGAUUGACUUGACACCUAUCCUUAGAUCUAAUGCUCUGUAUGCUUGGGAACAGCUUUUAUUUGGAGAAACAUGCUUCCAAGAUAAGAUGAACAUAACAAAACAUAAAUAUUUUUCUGGGACAUCUGCCUUUCUUUUUCCUAUAGCUUUAACCUUGACACUUAUUCAAGAAAAGUGGAUUUUGUCCUUGCUGAGGAAAAAAUAUUGUGUUCCUUUUGACAUAUGCCUAAAUUUCCUUCUGAAAUCAUAAUCUUAAAUGAACAGAUAAUACAUCCUGCAAUUGAAAAUAUGAUUAAAAUAGAAGACAUUUAAUCUUAGGGCAAAUUCCCUGUAAGUGAUACCAGAUGUUGCAGGUUUUUCUGAUAGGAGUUUCUGUUUUUCUCACUUGCACUUUUGAGGCAGCAUCAAGAAAAUAAAACAAUCAAAAUCGAACAAGUAGAAUAUCUUAAGUAGAAGCCAUGGAUAAGGAGUGAAUUCAUCAAAGUCCUCCCUAAAUUUUAGGAGUCUUAGAAGAUGCCCUGAUAAAGUUACAACCUGAAGUUCCUGUAGCCUAACGAAAAGAGGUUGGUGCCUUUAAAAGGUCUCAAGUGAGGACAGUUAUUACAUAAACUCAGUGCUUAAGUUUAGUCAGCUAAAUUCUCUCUGUCAGGUCCUGAUCUGUCUUUUCAAACUGCAGUGGGGCACUUACUUCAAACAGAUGCUUCUCUGUCCACCUAAAGCUUGGGCACAAAUAAAGUGCCUGAUGCAGGUGAUUUAAUCUUGCCAGGAGGAUUACAUGUUUCUAAGCGUUAUCCAUAGAGAAAUUAAUUUGAAUGGUGCAGACUCUGUUUGUAAUUCCAGUGUUGUUUAGAGUUCCAGUGUUGUUUGCAUAGAGGCAUGCUAACUCCUGGUAAAGCAGUAUUUAGCAAAUGUGAGAAAUAUUUUUAUUAUUUUAAAAUAAAUUUUUAUAGCCAUUAUUGUAUCUUUAACAUACAUAAUCUCAAUUUUAUAAUAACUUGAUUUCAAGAAAAUAAUUUCAAAAGUUUACGUUUUUGAACAUGCAUUUAUUGAAAAUGUUUCAUUUAAUUCUCAGCUUUCUUUUUUAUUUUCAGCUCAUUGUAUUUACUGAGGUUUUAACAGUCACAAAUUACAGCAUUAACAUAAUAAUAUCUUUAUUACAACCAAUUCUCAAUUCAGUUUAUUAGCGUGAAUAAUUAGAAGAAUCACAUUUGUUGUAGGAUGAAGAAUUAUGGAAUUAAUUCAGUUUUGUUUUUCUAGUAUUUUCUCAUAGACGAAGUUCAAUAGUAACAUGUUAGUUAUAGUAGAAAACUGUACCAGCUAGUUCUGAACGGGUACUACAGUCAGGCAACUAGACUUAAUGUUUUAAGAAUCAUGUAAUCAUAAACUAGCAUAUCUCCCCAAAUACUGUAAUAAAACCUUAAAAUAAAUUAGGCCUAAUUUAUUAAAUAAUCUUUCAUUUCCACCAAAAAAAUGUUCUGCAAUUCAAAAAGAGCAUUAUUGAUUCUUUUUUCAAAACCACUGGAUACUGCACUUUUCCAUUAGCACUUUCAAAUUUCUUAUAUGAAGUUGCUGAUGCUGAUUUUAAUUAAUUUUGUUAUUAUUUAAUGUAAUUUCUAAAUUCUUUUAGUCUUUUGAUGAGCUACUGUUUUUGCAACACAGUACUUUUCUUCUUCAUGUCCAAAUCAAUCUCAAGGAAUAUUAGAGAAAAAAUUCUUAUAAAUUCACCAUCUGAAAUUCAGCAUUGUAUUUUAGAAAUAAUUCUUCAAACAUAUUUUUAAUGAGGAGCUUGAAGAUCAAGCUCAAGAUUAGCUCACUUGCUUUUUUCCUUUCUUUCACAUUCUACAACACUCUCAAGGCAGGGACUAAAGGCCAGUUUUUUGAGACAGUUGCCAGAGGCUGGGAAAAGCUAAUGGGUUGCUAGUUUUUUAGCUAUUAUAUAGGCUGAGUAGGACUUCCAUAGCGCCUUGUGUUUCUUAGUCAUAUACCUCAUAUUUGAAAAUGUUGCAUUCCAAAUUUGUUCCAUUGCCUAUGUUUCUUUGUCAAAGCAUAUAAAUUCGUCAUUGCCUUCAGAAUGUGGAUCAUAUAUCAUGCAUAUAUUUUUCUCUGACAAUGUUUUGAGUAUCUGCACCACAUUUCAGCUGACAAAACACCUCAAAAUAGGAAAAUACUGGGAUUCACAAUUAUAUCUGCAGAUAGAAACCUUCCACAGUCACCCCUCAGGAACUGUGGGCUGAGGCAGAGGACAUCUGCUUUAGGCAUUUCAAAUGUCAAAUAUUUAAUUUGUAAUGAGAUCAUAAAACAAAUUUUUAUAUUCUUUGUUACAUUCUUGUGAUAUAUUAAGCUUUAGUCUUACAAUCUCAUUAUGUAUUUGAGUAUAGUUUUCCUUUAUAUUUUUCUAGGGUGACAAAGGUGUAGCAGAAUUGAAUAUGGAGUAGGAAAAGACAACCAUUUAUGGAAGCAGCACCAUAAACAACAGACUGGGGAAGGAAGCAUACAAACAUAGUGUUAUAAAAUUGGGCCCCAUCACAAAAUCAAGAUACAACUUUUGAUUGGAAAUGAGUAAAAACAGGACAGUGUCUGUAUGUCUGAAUUAUCUUUAUGCCUUUAUAAACUCAAGACUUGGUUAAACGGCUAAAAAUGAUCCCAUCUACAAAAGUGAUUUUGAGCAAAUGGGUAGUAGUGUUGAUUUAAAUUAGAACAAGGCUCAUCAGUGACUUAUAAAUUAAGGAGUGGUACAGCCUGGACUUAGGCACUGGACUUGAAUCAUACUGAUGAUUUGUUAAUAUAAUUUCUGGAUUUUUUUCCUCUAACAUGAUUAAAAUCUGUUGAAAAAAAUCCUAUUUACAAUCAAGCUAAAGUCAGCUCAGCUCUGUUCUCAGUGCAUGGCAUGGUUGUGCUACCCUGUUGAAAACACCAGAGCAUUUAAGAGAGGGAACGUGGCCAGGGUGUGCCAGAUGGCCUCAGGGAUAAAAAACAAGACCUGACAAUUUUAGUUAUAAAUUUAGAUGUUACCAGAGUACUUCACUGACUUAAUUUGAGCUGUAAUAAUUUGUUUUAUUUUUGCCUGUAAUUAUAAAGUCUGAGAGGCUGAGGCUGUGGUGAUCCAAAGCUCAAGUUAUGGAAAUCUGACUGAAUUCUUCUAAGGUUAGGAUCUUAGAAAAAGGAUUUCAAAAUUAUUCUUAACCUUGAGCCAGUAGGCCUGAAGCUUAAAAAAUAAUUUUCUGUGGGAGGAAGACUAAGCUAUGCCAAAUUUUGAAACCAUUAAUCUAAAAUCCUGUAUUAUAUCUGAAAUAUAUUAAUUCAGAAGUAACUUCAGACAAAGGCAUGCUUUUUCCACAAAACCUUUAAUGUGUAAUCUGAUUUUUGCAGUGCCCUAAGCAGAAUUUAAAAUUGCCUGAAUUUAAAGUACAUGUCUAUAAAUGCUUCUAUCAAAAUGUUGUCAGUAUUUUGUAACACUUUCCUGCCCACCUGAGUAUCUCCUCUGUCGCAGUGCUCAAAGUGAGGUGUGUCUAAUGGCAAUGCAAUUUUUCUGCUUUUUGUUUACUUCUGUUGUUGAUUUUCUGUUAAUAUAGUUUGCCUGUGUCCUCCAGUAAGCUUUUUCAGAGCAGAGAGGGUGAAUGUUAGGAAGGAAGCACUUUUCUCCAUGCUCUCUUGAGAGGCAAAGUGGUGAUUUCUGUCCCUCUUUCCUGUGCAUGAGAAAUGGGAGAAAGCAUUGAAAAAAUGGAAGUAGGGGAGAAAUGGACAGACAGACAGACUGUGAAAUCUUAAAAAACUUCUUCACUUAGGUAUACAAAACACCUCUUGGAAAUCAAUUGUCUUCAUGAAGAAAUUUAUCUUUCAGUGUAGUUCUCUUACUUUGAAUUGCUAUUAUUGAGCUAUGGAUGCUGAAGAGUUAAAGGCUCCAAAGAAAAAAUGUAAAAUAUAUUAUGUAAUUGUAUUUUCUUAAACAAUGCCUCAAAAUGUUUAGGUACUUUUGUGUUGAAGCAUGCAGACAAGCAAUUAUCUUAUGUGAACUAAAGGCCUUGUAGUAAAUUUACUAAGUGCAAAACAUAUUUGUGCAGCAUGCAAGGUGAAUUCAAAUAUGUAUUUUAAUAUGGUUCAACCACAAAAAAAAUCUUAAGUAAAAUAUUUUUAUGAAAUUUGAAGUUAUCAAAUUCCAUGGACACGAGCCAAAAUCCACUGCUGUUUUAAGUUCCAGUAAAGUAUACAGGACUUUGCCUGAAACAAAAAUAUGUGAUUUUAAAUAAUAAACAGAGAAACCAAAAUGAUUUUCUUUUCUAAUAUUCCCUCGGUGCACAGCUGCCUACAUGUUCACUUAAAGGAUUCAUUCCUGCUGAAAACACUGCUGACUUUUCAGUAGGGAAUCAAAAUCAGAACUAUUUGGGCUGAAAGCCAUAAUCUUUUUUUCGGAGCAGCUGUCACAAUGCCCUGUACAGGUUGCACUUAUGCGGGUACUCUGACCUCUAGUUUAAAUGGACCACAGAUAUUUUUUCAGUGCAAAGACAUGAUCUAUUGUGCAAGUCUGCACAUCUGGAGGUGUGAGUGGCAGAAGCAUCUCAGCUGCGUAGGUCUCUAGGAUUGCAAGACAACCAAGCCAGGAAAGGAAGUAAAAUGGAAGAACUUUUUUUUUCUUUCCUCACUACCAAUUAUUCUUGGAACAUUAUUUCUCUUAUAUUUCUAGGCUACUAACUGACUGUUUCUUACAAGUCUCUAAAUUCUCAACUAUGACGGAAAUGUCAUACUUGAUAUUUAUUAAGGAAUUAAUGUAGAAAUUAGGUGUCCAGUAUGUAUUAAUCAUCUGGUCUCAACCCCAUAACCAGUGGAUAGAAACCAGCAAAUCUGAGUAGUGCUUCAUUCCUUACUGCAAUAGAUGUCUAAAACCAGAAGAAUAAAUUAUGUUCUGAGAAGGCAUCUUUCUCCAUCAACAAACUAUACUACCACAUAGAUUUUUGACUGCUCAAUUUUCUAUAGAUAGGUUUAAUAUCAGAUUUAUGUACCAAUACAAUAAAAGUAGCAAUCAUGAGCAAUGUUGCAGGAUUAUGGAAAUAAAAUAAAACAAUGCUGAAGUGAAUAAAAUUUAAAUCAGAAUUUUGUCAUCCUAUUUAACUGACAGAGGAGAGGAAAGAAAAGGUCUUAGCCUGUUUUACUAGCUAUGAGUUACUACAUGGGGCAUCGUAGAAACAAUUUCUAAAAUAAUACAGUAGAAAUUGUAUUAAUUCAUAGAUGAGUUCUGUGUCUCAGGAGAUGCACUGACUCUUGGAACACAGAGCUACUCAUAAAAAAAAUAUUAGAGACAUUCUACUGUAUCUCUAAGCACUUUGUUCAAUUAACAUUCAAAACUGAGCUAAAUUACUACUCUACAACAUCCAUAAGUAGAGUACAUAAUCAGCUCACUGUUUUCUUUUUGCAGAGAAGACAGACAAGUAUUCCCUGGUGGAGUGAAUAUGAAUACCAAAUUGGUUUCAGGGAUAAAAUUUUCCCUGUCUUUUAAAGUAGAAGUCCUUUACUGAACCAAUUCUAUCCUUUAUUGCUGGAUAGAACUGGAAAAAGCUGCUCUUAAAUUUUUCUCACUAAGACUUGGAGAAGUGCUGUGACUUGCAUCUGUCUUGUACUCUAACUGUUUUCAAUACUAUGAAGAAUCUUUGGAAUGAAGGCAGAAACUUUCCUUAUUUGCCUAAAACAAAAAGAAUGGUGGCUUCCACAAAAGCCCCAGCAGCUAUUAGCACAUAUCACAUCAUAUUGCUUGAGAUAUAUUGAUGCUUUCACAGAACUCAAAAGAGGAAAUAUGUGCAGCCAGAGAGAAGUAGGAAACAGCAACAUCCAAAUGACUUCAGAAUUGAAUCUCACAGACAUUUCUGGGCUUCAAUUCAUUAUUCAAAUCAAUGAUUUUUAUUGGCAUUUGUAUUAUUAAUAUUAUUAGAGAUUUAUUUCUCCCCAUGUCCGGGAUAUUCAUAGCAUGUUGAAAGGAAAAGUAAUCAGAUUAAAAACCAAACUUAUAUUUAAUUUGCCCUUUACCUUUCUUUGGUCCAAGACACUGUAGAAUUUCAUUUAGCUCACUCCAUAGGGUAGGUAAAAAUGCUCUUAUGACAGCAUCAGAUUCUGGGUUCCUGUUCAAUCAGAGUUAAUUUAUUCCCAGUCCUGAAAAUAAUUUUCCUGAGUUUAUUUGCUUGUUGUAUUCUUUUGCACUUUAGAGUUUUACUAAAAGCUGAAAAUAUUCUUAAUAUUCUUUUGUUUCAUUACAAUAUUGGUCAUCCUAAUUCUUUUAAGCCAAGUGCUUCUAUGUCUUUUGUUGCCACAUUAACCAUUUUUAUUCUUAAUUUCCUUUUAAUUUCUUAAUAAAUUUCUCACUCAGUGUUUUAUAUACUGUAGAGAAAUAUCUGCAAUUGCAAUCAGGAAAUUAUCCCUAAAAAGACAGUUUCUGAAUGGUCAUAUGAAAAGGAUCUAAACAAGGUUUCUCUGCUUUAAUCAUGCAGAUUUUUUACUAAUUUUCUUCUUGGAAAAACAUGUAUCAUACUUCAGUUUUAUCUGGUAUGUCAUAGUAUGCACAGCAGUGUAGUAGGUCUUUCCCAUGCUAAUUAUUAUACAGCCUUCAACAAUAUGUGCCUUUCAUUAGUAGUAAAUCCAUUUAUGUGGCAUGUUUUAUUGUGAUUUUACUUAAUCUAUCUUAAAGACACAUAGGUUUUCUGGGCUUUUUUUCUUUAUUUAAAUAGCAUGGCCAGUCACCAAGUGAUCCUUUUCACUCAGAAUUGCUUAACUCCUCUGCCUCUGCCUUCAAAGAAAAUGUUCUCCCAGCGGGACAUGA